AUGGGUUGCUGUCUCAGCAAGAAGACGUCUCCAUCUUCCUCUUCUCCUCCAAGUGGCGGAUCGUUUUCCGUAAAAUCCCCAGAUCCGAACAAAUCCGCCAUUGAUAAAUCUCCGAAAGUUGAAUCUGUAUCACAUGAAGAGAAGCUCGAAUUAGAAGAAUCCAAACCAAGGAAUGAAGUGAAACAAGAAGCGGAGCUACAAGAGAAUAUCAAGCAAAGGAAAGAGGUGUUCGUGAUUAAACAUCGGAGGAGCCAUGAUGAGAGAUCCAAGACGACAGAUCCGGAGGAUUCUUCCGUUUCCGAGGAGAAAUCAACCAGCUCGAAUCAGAAUCCGGUCGAUGUAGAUGCUAUAUUGAUUCAGUGCGGGAGGCUCAGCCGGAGCAACUCAGCCGCCGCGAAAACCAGGAGGUAUUCCGGAUCUAAGAGAAGCUUCGAUUUUGACCAGAGCGAGCGGAGCCGCGACGGUGACCCGGAGGAAGCGGAUGCGGAAGACGGCGGAGAAGAAGAAGCUGAGCGGAGGAUUCACAGGCAGCGCCAACGUGGCGGAGAUUCGCCUCGGGAACGGAGGAGACGAACUCCGAGCAGAGAACGGGAAGAUUCGAAGAGUCACCGAUCGGGGAGUCGAGAGAGAGGAAGUGGUGGUGGUAGUAGACGAGUAAGCAGAUCUCCGGGAAGAAGAUCGGAGAUAAACCCGAACCCUAAGAUCGGAGAUAGCAGUGGCAGUUCUGUGAAUUCGAGUAACAACAGACCAGCGAAAUUCGUCUCGGUACCUGCAACGGAGAAGAGCAACAACAACGGAGACCCAUCGAUCAAACGGAUCGCCGUCAAGAGAAACGUCGAGAAAACGGCGUCUCCUAGAUCACAGUCACCGGCACGAGCUGCGUCUCCGAGGUCAAAAUCUCCGGCGAGAGCGGCGAGUAAUGCCAGCGUCUACACUCAGCCUUCGCCGUCAAAGCUGAGGCGGAAAACGGACCAUUCUCCGUACAGAAGGAACCCGUUGAGUGAGAUUGAUCCAAACUCGUUGGCGUAUCCACAACCUCAAGGUGAUAAAUCAGGAUCUGCUGGUAACAACACCAUUUGCAUCAAGAAGAUGAUGAACAGAGAAAAUGAAAGCCAAGGAUUGAUUAAAGAAUGUGCAAAUCUCGUAGCUCAGAAGUCGAACGCCAAAACCGCGACUCAAGCUCCAAUCCGCAGAACCGCAAGCCCGAGCCGAGUCACCAGAGAGCAACCAGAGGCAGUGGAAGAGACUAAGAUGGUGUUGCCAUCAUCAGGAAGUGAGAUCCCUUCAAAGCCUCAGAUCGUGAGCCGGAGCAGAUCAUUGAGGAAGUCCCGUGAUUUCGAUUUCAGUCCCGAAUCAUUGCUCUCAAACAGCAUCGACAACAAUAGCAACAACGCGGUAACAGCAGCAGCAUUGCCAUCAUACACAGCUUUGCUACUAGAAGACAUUCAGAAUUUCCACCAGAAAAGUGUCAACGUCAAUGUCAAUGCCAAUGCCUUGAGCUCAUCAAUGUCCAAAGCCUGCUCCAUUGUUGAAGCAGUAGCAGACCUUAACUCAACUACGAAGAAGCAAAACCAGAGAACCGAAUUCAACAGUUUCAAAUCCGCAGCAGCGAAGAAAGCGGAUCUAAUGGAGCCUAGCUUUGAGAAGUAUGUGAAUGUGACUGUUAAGAGAGGUGGUUCUUCGUUGGAGGACAUGGAACAGCAGGAAUCUUCAGGAAGCAACAGCAUCACAGGAAGCAGCUGCGUCGUGCAGCGACAAGGGUACAACUCAACAUCGUCCUCUUCUUGGGAACCGAAUUCAGCUGAAUCCACAGAUCGAAUGAGUGUGGUGAAAUCAAACAAACAAGAACGUGAUCGGAGUCCAUUUGGUGUGCAAGAGUUUGAUCCGUUGAAGAAGAAUGGUGUUGGAGUUGGACGCAAUAGAGUGACUCUUGUUGAUUCCUCUUCAACCAAAGGCAGUGUUCUUCAGGCAACAACAACAACUCGUGUUGCUGCAGUUUCAAUGUAA